AGCCAGCCGCCGCCGCGGCUUCAGCACCAGCGCCCGGACAGCGGCGCCGCCCACGGGCAUGGACGGUGGUGACAGCAGCAGCGGCGGCAGCAGUCCGGCACCCGGCCCGGGUCCAGAUGGGGAGCAACGGCCAGAAGGGGAGUCUUUGGCCCCAGAUGGCAGCUCCUCAGACAGAUCCCGGACCAACACCGUGGCCCCUGAGGCAAGCCCAGAGAGAAGCUGCUCCCUCCACAGCUGCCCCCUGGAGGAUCCUUCCAGCUCUUCAGCACCCCCACCAGCAACCAGCACCCUCCAGCCUGUGGGUCCGUCCAGCCCCUUGGCCCCUGUCCACUUCACCUAUCCCCGUGCACCACAGGAAUACCGGGGGGCCAGCUCCCUGCCAGGGCUUGGGGACCGGGCAGCUCUGUGCUCCCAUGGCUCCAGCCUCAGCCCUUCCCCAGCCACCUCGCAGCGGGGUGGGGCCUGGAAGCCACGGUCUGUGCAGCACCAUGUGGUCAGCGUCAGGCAGGAACCAACCUAUCGGAUGCCAAGGAGCUACUCCCAACUGAUCGCCGAGUGGCCAGUGGCCAUGCUGCUGCUGUGUCUGGCUGUCGUCCUCCUCUGCACCCUGGCUGGCCUGCUUGGGGGCCAGCUGCCUGACUUCUCCAAGCCUUUGCUGGGCUUUGAGCCUCGAGAUACAGAUAUCGGGCGCAGACUAAUGGUCUGGAGAACACUGCAGGCCCUCACAGGUCCCAGAAAGCUGCUGUCCCUUUCCCCAGACCUCGAACUGAACAGUUCAAGCUCCCAUACUACUCUGAGCCCCACAUCCUGGAGCAGUGCCCAAGAGGGCAUGGCCCGGCCUCGGAGAAUGAUUGAACCCCUGGAGGACAGAAGGCAGGACAGUUUCUUCUGUGGCCCCCCUGAGAAGAGCUAUGCACAGUUGGUGUUCAUGUCCACUUCUGAGGGCAGCCUAUGGAACCUGCACGCCAUCCAUUCUAUGUGUCGCAUGGAGCAGGACCAGAUCCGCUCCCAUACCCACUUUGAGGCCUUGUGCCAACGUACAGCAGCCAACGAGUGCUGCCCCAGUUGGUCCCUGGGCAACUAUGUGGCUGUGCUCUCCAACCGCUCUUCCUGCCUGGACACUACCCAGGCUGAUGCAGCCCGCACGCUGGCCCUGCUGCGGACCUGUGCCCUUUACUACCAUCGUGGCACCCUGGUGCCCUCCUGCCUAGGGCCUGGGCAGGACAAGCCCCCACGCUGUGCCCAGGUUCCCACCAAGUGCUCACGAAGCAGUGCAGUCUACCAACUGCUGCACUUUCUUCUGGACCGGGACUUCCUAAGCCCCCAGACUGCUGACUACCAGGUGCCCUCUCUCAAGUACAGCCUACUAUUCCUGCCCACCCCAAAGGGUGCCUCCAUGAUGAGCAUUUACCUGGACCGCUUAGCUGUGCCCUGGGGGCUCUCUGACAACUACACAUCCAUCACCGGCAUGGACCUGGGCCUCAAGCAGGAGCUACUGAGGCACUACUUGGUCCAGGACACAGUGUACCCCGUGCUGGCCCUGGCUGCCAUCUUCCUCAGCAUCGCCCUCUAUCUGCGCUCGCUCUUCCUCACACUCAUGGUGCUGCUUGGGGUGCUGGGCUCCCUGCUCGUAGCGUUCUUUCUGUAUCGGGUGGCCUUCCGCAUGACUUACUUCCCUUUCGUCAACCUGGCGGCCCUGGUCCUGCUCAGCAGCGUCUGCGCCAACCACACACUAAUCUUCUUCGACCUGUGGCGCCUCAGCAAGAGCCAGCUGCCCUCUGGAGGCCUGGCGCAGCGCGUGGGCCGCACCAUGCAUCACUUCGGUUACCUACUGCUGGUCUCGGGGCUCACCACGGGCGCGGCCUUCUAUGCCAGCUACCUGAGCCGCCUCCCGGCUGUGCGCUGCUUCGCCCUCUACAUGGGCACGGCCGUGCUGGCGCACCUGGUGCUCACGCUCGCCUGGCUGCCCUCUUCUGCCGUGCUCCACGAGCGCUACCUGGCGCGCGGCUGUGCGCCCGGAGCGCAGGGCGCGUGGGGCGGCAGCGCACCCCGGCGGCUGGCGCUGGCGCUGCACCGGCGGCUCCGCAGCCUUCGGCGGGCGGCAGCCGGCACCUCGCGCCUGCUUUUCCAGCGCCUGCUCCCCUGCGGCGUCAUCAAGUUCCGCUACAUCUGGAUCUGCUGGUUCGCAGCACUGGCAGCAGGGGGCGCCUACAUCGCUGGCGUCAGUCCCCGCCUGCGGCUGCCCACCCUGCCACCACCCCGUGGUCAGGUUUUCCGGCCAAGCCAUCCCUUCGAGCGCUUCGAUGCAGAGUACCGCCAACAAUUCCUGUUCGAGAGGCUGCCUCAGGGCGAGGGUGGCCACAUGCCCGUGGUUUUGGUGUGGGGCAUCCUGCCCAUGGACACUGGUGACCCACUGGACCCUCGCAGCAACAGCUCCCUGGUGAGCGACCCAGCUUUUUCUGUCAGCAGCCCUGAGGCCCAGCGCUGGCUGCUGGCACUCUGCCACCGGGCCCGGAAUCAAAGCUUCUUUGGCACUCAGCCAGAGGGAUGGCCUACGCUGUGCUUCGUGGAGGUUCUCCAGGAGUGGAUGGAGAGCCCCCACUGUGCCCGUCUGGGGCCUGGCCUCUGCUGCGGCCACUCGGGCUUCCCCUGGGCCCCCCAACUCUUCAUGCACUGCCUCAAGAUAAUGGCUCUGGAACAAGGUCUGGAUGGCACCUAUGACCUAGGCCUCCGUUUUGAUGCCCAUGGCAGCCUGGCUGCCCUGGUCCUGCAGUUCCAGACCAAUUUCCAAUAUAGUUCAGAGUACAGCCAGACCCACCACUUCUACACUGAUGUCAGCCUCUGGCUGACUACAGAGCUGGCCAUGGCUCCUCCUGGUCUACGCAGGGGUUGGUUCACCAGCCGUUUGGAUCUCUACAGCCUUCAGCACAGCCUAAGCACUGAGCCUGCUGUGGUGCUGGGCCUGGCGCUGGCACUGGCCUUUGCCACACUACUUCUGGGUACCUGGAAUGUUCCCCUCAGCCUGUUCUCAGUAGCAGCUGUGGCAGGCACGGUACUGCUCACUGUGGGACUCUUGGUUCUACUUGAAUGGCAGCUCAACACUGCCGAGGCCCUCUUUCUGUCGGCCUCUGUAGGCCUUUCGGUAGACUUCACUGUCAACUAUUGCAUCUCCUAUCACCUGUGCCCACACCCUGAUCGGCUGAGCCGCGUGGCCUUCUCCCUGCGCCAGACCAGCUGUGCCACAGCAGUGGGGGCUGCAGCCCUGUUUGCGGCAGGUGUGCUCAUGCUGCCAGCCACAGUGCUGCUAUAUCGCAAGCUGGGCAUCGUCCUCAUGAUGGUCAAGUGUGUCAGCUGUGGCUUUGCCAGCUUCUUCUUCCAAUCUCUAUGCUGUUUCUUCGGGCCAGAGAAGAACUGCGGGCAGAUCCUCUGGCCCUGUGCCCAUCUGCCAUGGGAUGCUGGAACUGGGGAGCCCAAUGGGGAGAAGGCAGGCCAUCCCCGACAAGGACCGGUGGGAAGGGCACCCGGAUCCUGCUCAGAGCAAUAUGAGCUGCAGCCUCUGGCGCGGCGCCGGAGCCCCAGCUUUGAUACCAGCACAGCCACCAGUAAGCUGUCCCACCGGCCCUCAGUACUCUCUGAGGACCUGCAGCUGCAUGACGGUCCCUGCUGCUCCCGGCCCCCACCAGCCCCGGCCUCCCUAAGGGAGCUGCUCCUAGACCACCAGGCAGUAUUCAGCCAGUGCCCAGCCCUGCAGACCUCCUCUCCCUAUAAGCAGGCUGGCAUCAGUCCCAAAACUCGAGCCAGGCAAUGUUCCCAAGGGCAAAAGACUGAGCCCCUGCGGUCCUCACCAGAAGCCCCAGCCCACUCCCCCAAGCGCAAGGCUACAGAGCCUUCUGAUUGCCUGGGCUCCUCAGCUAGCACCCUGGAGGGACUCAGCGUGUCCGAUGAGACCUGCCUAAGCGCCUCUGAGCCCAGCGCCCGUGUACCUGAUUCAGUGGGUGCCUCCCCAGAGGACCUGGAUGAAACUGGGCCAGUACCUGAGCGUGGCCAGCUGAAUGGAAAGCGAGACACACUGUGGUUAGCACUCAAGGAGACAGUUUAUGACCCAUCACUGCCUGUCUCUCACCAGAGCAGCUCAUCCUGGAAGGGCCGUGGAGGGCCAGGACCAGGUCCAGGGGACAGCAGCCCUGUUGUGCUGCCCAAUAGCCAGCCAGAUCUGCCAGAUGUUUGGCUGCGCAGGCCCAGCACCCACACCUCAGGAUAUAGCAGCUAA